AUGUCCCGCUCAGCAGCAGAUGCAACCCGCUUCACGGCCACAGGGCCGUAUGUCAGUUCCAAAGCUCCCUACCAACUCCCCAACUCCUUGAAACAAAAUAAACAACCCACACCGUCAAAUUACCAAUCUCCUACAAAAUCCUCGAUAUCAAGUUCCUCACAGAAUCAGUCAUCGCCACCACCCGGCGAGACACCACGACAAAAAGUCGAGCGACUACGUGCUCAAGCGCGCGCCGCCCGACUCGCCCAGACCGGCAAUGCGUUCGAUAGGAUAAUCGAGAGGGGUCGGAGGGUGGCUAAUAGUGCUCACAAAGUGAUGAUUUAUACCCUCAUUACUGCAUCAGGCGUCUGCGGCGCCCUAACACUCUACUCCGUCGUAUCCCUCACAAUGUGGAACCGACGCCAGCGCGAACUCUGGCUCGACAGACAACUACAAGACCUGCAAGCUGCACGCGAAGCAUUCGUAGCCGGUAACGCAACACCCGCUCAACUCGAGAUUCUGCGCAACGAGAAGAUCGGCGAGAUUGAGCAGCAGAAACGUAAAGAGGCGGAUGAGCAGAAAUUGUGGAAUCGGACGAAGAAGUUUUUGUUCGAGGGUUUGAAGAAGGAGGAUGUUCCUGAUGCAGUUGUUGGUUCUGCGGCAGCGACGACGACAACAGCGGCGGUUAGUGAGUUGAUGAAUAAUAAUAAGACAACCGAGGAACAGGCGACAUCGUUCGGGAUAUUGGAGGCUGUGAAUGCGAAGAAAGCGGAAGCUCAGAGCAAUAUCAACGCGCAGGGACCGGGAUCGUUAGAUGCGUUGGCGUUGAACGUCGAGACGACAGCGAAACAGUCCGUCAAGAGCUGGACGAGCUGGGUCUGGGGACGAUAA